AUCCUGCGUGCGAGCAAGACACUGCGGCGAAGAGUGACUAUGCGUCCCGUUAGUUUUAGUAAACACUAGCAAUGCACGUGUCUGGAGGAGAGGCCAAGAUGUUUAUAGCUUCGGUACGAAUGUAUUUUGGAGAAGACUACUGUAACCGGACAUAAAGAAGCCCCGACAAGCUGACACAAGAAAUGUUGUGACAGUCGAGGUCCUCCCACUGAAUGAGCGCCAGGUAACACUGCGACACUCGAUCCGAGACUCGCGACUUUUGAACUUCACACCUGACAGACGCUGUACAAAUACUGUACCAGGUCUGCGCAGUUGCGACCUCAUACAAGUGUGUCACUGGCAGCGGUAGUUGACAGUUGUCAGCGAGGGGAAGGACUUGAGUGCACUAUUUACUCCACAGCGGAAGAAUACUCGCACGAGUGUUGUGUUCUCGUUCGCGUGACGCCGCCAACCGCCGUCAGUCCUAACGUUCACUAUGACCUGCCAGGCCAUACACCUUGCCGUCUUCUUCAUACUUUCAGUAUGGCGGGUGGAAUCAGCGACAACUCUGCGAGCGGAGGUGUCUGUAGGAGGUGUGAAGGGAAGCAUCACUUUCACUCAGACUACUCCAGGAACCAGCGUCACGGUGAUCUUUGCACUGAGCGGAAGAUCGUUGCCCAGCGGCCUCACGUGGGAACUACGCAACUUCCGAGUCAAUAUGGACGCCAGGCAGCCGUGCAGUGACAGCUCGCUGGGCCCCAGAGUUCUACCAACUGUCGCAGGAGUGGCAAUGAACUCUACGACAUCUGGUUUUGACUUGAGUGGCGCCAAAAGCAUCGAGGGUCUGUCUGUUGUGCUGCUGAACAGCUCCAGGCUGCCUGUGGCAUGCGCAACCGUUGAGAACACCGGAACUUACGUCACAGCCAGGGCCAUCUUCCGCAGCAAUGUCUUGGGUGUCGUCGUCUUUCGCCAGGUGGCAGGCGCAAUGCCGUCCGCAGCCGUGACCCGCGUGAUCUCUGACCUUUACUUCGACAACUCUGUGAUGGGCACCCAAAGCCUCGACUGGCGAAUUGUGGAGUCAAGCGGAGACUGCAGCACCGUUAGUCUUGCCGUUGGCAUGGUGACCAACUGCACCAGCAGUCACACCAGUUGUGCGGUAGGUGACCUGACCGGCAAACUCGGCCGAGUGACCGUAGGGACUGCUUCUUCCUCCACCCGCAUGUCAUUGCUGGAUCUCAAUCUACCCCUCUCUGGAUUCAACUCCGUGACCACAGGGACUAAAAGACUCGUCUUGUACAAGUCAGGCCAGACCACUCCUACAGCUUGCGCCGACAUCCGACUCUACCCACCCCGCACGGGCCGAGCGGAAUUCAGUGACGAUGGGGUUAAGGGGUUCGUGGUUCUGACUCAGGACUCGCCCUUUGACCCAGUCGUAGUAGUGGUGAACUUGACCAUCCCGAGUGCCACUGCAGGCGGGUAUCAUGUACACGAGUGGCCGGUACCCCAGCGGGUGGUGGCGAACCAGCAGGUGUGCAGCGCUGCAGCCGUGGCUGGACAUUUUAACCCUUUCGCUCGCGACUACAAGACCUCCCCGCCACCUGCCCCUGCUGCAGGGACAGAAGAUGAGUAUGAGGUAGGGGACCUCAGUGGCAAGUUUGGGAUGCUGUCUGGCCUGUCCGAGAAAAAAGCGACCUAUCGGGAUUGGAACCUACAACUGUUUGGGCCUCGCAGCGUCCUCGGGCGCUCUCUUGUGAUCCACAAGGACUUGCCCAACACUCCUCGCUGGGUAUGCACCAACAUCCGCCCCACUGUGACCUUGGUCUCCGCGCUGGCAACCUUCACCUUUCCAGUCAUAGGCCACGUGCUGUUCCAGCAGCCUGUUGGCGAGGAAGACGCGGAUACGUCUGUUUUCGUAGAGAUGGACUACGCGGACGGCAGCACCAACAUCACGGACGCCCACUCCUGGGCCAUACACGCCACCUUCCACUCGGAUGACCAGCUUCAUGGAAACCCGAGCAUGCGCUGCCUGUCCACCGGUGACGUCAUAAACCCGUAUACCGUGGCGACGAGCGGUUACGUCGAGCAAUGCACAACCGGAAAUCCGCUGCGGUGUAUGCUGGGGGACAUGGGCAGAAAACAUGGAAGGCUGUCGGUGCGGGCAACGGGGGGCGAGCGGAGCAGGGCCUUUUUUACGGAUGUUAACCUGCCCCUAAGUGGUGGCAAGUCCAUCGUCGGCAAGUCAGUGGUGCUGAUGGCGUCAUCUAGCGAUGUCGUGCGGUUGUCAUGCGCCAACAUUCUUCCUGUCAUGCCUCGCGUCGUCAGCGGCUUGAACGCGCAGGUGUUGAUGACCCAGAAUGUGGGCGUGAUUAGGGAGCCUACCUUCGUGUACCUGAACAUGACCUUACUCCCUCAGGGAGACUCGCGCCUUCAGGUCAGCCCCCUGCUUUUGUCUAAAACCUCGUGCCCAGCUGCUAACAGCGUUUUUAACCCUUUCGCAGUCGUAGCCCCUUCGAGCCCUUCGCCUACCCUUGACCAGUAUCCGGUGGGGGAUAUCUCGGGGAAGUUCGGAGUAGUCAGCCCUUCCUCCAGGUCUCGAGAGCUGAUGGACUCCUCGCUCGAUCUCUUCGGUCCCAGAAGCGUUGCGGGACGUGCUAUCACUUUGAUGUCAGGGUCGAACAUAAUAAACUGCAGUGAACUGAUGGACACCAUGCGGGUAGGCGGGAUGCAGAUGAAGGCCAAGGCCGUUUUUAACGGUGACGUCACUGGACAAAUCUCACUGAGCCAGUACCUAUAUCCUGACGGUACGAUGAGCGAUACGACCGUAAAGGUGGAGCUCAGGAUGACAAACGGCCUACAGACGAACGACCACAACUGGCACACACACGAAAAUCUGGUCUCUGGUGAUGGCAACGCAGACACUAAUCGCUGCAUGAGCACCGGUGGUCACUAUAACCCCUUCAGGGUCAAUGUCACGGCUAACUACCAAGAGUGCAGUGAGUUGAACCCCCUGCGUUGUGAACUGGGUGAUCAGUCCGGCAAACUGGGUACCUACAGCAUGAACAGCGGGAUAAAACUGGGGUCAGACACCUUCCUGCCGCUUGCUGGCCAAUACGGAGUGGUUGGUCGGUCCAUCGUGGUACACGCACCCAACAAGGGCGCCGCUCGGCUGGCCUGUGCUGACAUCUUUCCAGAUGAGACAUCAAAUUACAUCGACGUUUCCAUCACUUCACGUCCUCAGAUCAAUAGGACGACCAUCUCCAACACAUAUGCAGAUGCUCUCAGCACAGGGCGCUACAAUAUCGCCGUGGACAUCAACCAAAUUGUACCCAAUGUCUGCACCACGAUCCGGGUAUUUUUCCUGGGCUUAAAGGGCGCAGAGAACAUGCGCUCAUUUCAGCUAAUGUUGCGAAAUAAAAACAUGGGCCCCUACACUCCCACAAUGGUUUGCAAUGACGUCAGUUCUAACGCCCCUCCCGCCAGCAGCGCCUCCACACCAGCUUUGGAUCUGAUGUUGCUGGGUUCACUGAUAGUAUUAGUCGUGAAAAGUCGUCUGAUGGGACUUAUCUAGGCGAAAGUAUUAUAUUGGUAUUUUCCUGACCGCAUCAAUCAACAAUAUGUUUAAAGUCAUUGCCACUACAUCUGCUGUCCUUCUUGGUCCAGACUGCGGUUGUCCUGUGAAUCCGGGGACUGAUCAUGCACAGACAGUGGACAGUUCCAGGAUUUUUCAUGUUUUGUGAUAUUUACAGUCGUUAUCGCUGGUUCCGAGAAAAGAUGCUUUUUUUAUUUGAAUGCUCCAAAAUGACUUAAAAAUGAAAAAGACAAGUUUUUUUCAAUUUAUAGUUAUUUCUCCAUCGUUCACUUUUUCACUUUUCAUUCAUUCAUUUGUACAACUUUGCUGUACAAAAGCUUGCUUGAAGAAAGCCUCUUGCAACCGGAUGACGAAAUGAACAAAAUGGCUACAAUGAAUGACUCCUGACUUCGUAACAACUAUGCUCUCCUAAUACAUAUCAACUGUCUGUCACUUCAGAGGACUGGGUAAAAAAUAAAAUAUUAAUAAAUGAAGCACCCUCUUGCUGGAAGAAACGUAGAAAUUAAUCUGUUGGGGUUGCACACAAUGGAAGUCUACCUACUUGCCUCGCCAUUUCCUUCCCUCCUCCCAUCUGCAUGUAGAUAAUAUUUUGACAAACGUCGAUGUCAAUAUUUUUAAGAAGCACUCACUUACUUGACAAUAAACAUCUACACGCAGACUGA